UUCGCUCAGUCUAAUUUUUUCACUCCAAGCAAAACACAAAACAAAGAACAGAAUGUCGGGCAACAAAUAUUGUUUCGCCAUCGAUCGCGGCGGCACUUUUACGGACGUGUUAUGUGUUUGUCCCAAUGGAAAAGUGCGAACCUUGAAGUUGCUAUCCGAGGAUCCGAAACACUACAGUGAUGCUCCCCGCGAGGGAAUCCGGCGGAUUCUGAAAGAGGAAACCGGAGAGGAUUUGGCAGCCAGUGGAUUGGUGGACACCUCGAAAAUUGGUUGGGUUCGCAUGGGCACCACGGUGGCCACGAAUGCUCUGCUGGAACGCAAGGGAGAUCCUGUGGUUCUGGUGGUCAACAGUGGAUUCCGAGAUCUCCUCUACAUUGGCAACCAGGCGAGACCAAAGAUCUUCGAUUUGAAUAUCAGAAAACCAGCGAAUCUGUAUAAAUCUGUGGUUGAGGUGGAUUGCCGUAUAGUUCCAGAACAGAAGGAUCGGUGUGAGCUGAAUCACAGCCGGAAAGUUUUAGAGGGAGUGGCUGGCACAAAGUAUUUGGAGGUGCAACCUGUAGAUGAGGCUGCGGUACGUGAAUCCCUCUCAGAAGCCCGAAAAGAAGGAGUCUCCUCCGUCUCUGUGGUCUUGGCUCAUAGUUACGCCUGUCCAGAACACGAACUCCGAGUGGGUGAAAUCGCCAGGGAACUGGGAUUCAGCCACGUUACCCUUUCCCACCAGGCAAUGCCCAUGUGCCGAGUGGUGGCCAGGGGAUAUACAGCCUGCGCCGAGGCCUAUUUAACACCCCACGUGGAUCGCUACUUGGCCAGUUUCAAAUCCGGAUUCGAUAAACAGUUGGAGGGAGUGGAUGUGCUCUUCAUGCAAUCGGAUGGUGGUCUCACCAACAUGGAUAGCUUCCGGGGAGCUCGUGCUAUUCUCUCUGGUCCUGCAGGAGGAGUUGUAGGAUACGCUUUAACUGGAUCCCGGGAAACAGAUCUGCCACUAAUUGGUUUCGACAUGGGUGGCACCUCAACUGAUGUAUCCAGAUACGCAGGAAUCUAUGAACAUGUGAUCGAAAGCACCACAGCAGGAGUUACAAUCCAGGCUCCUCAAUUGGACAUUAACACUGUAGCUGCAGGCGGUGGAUCUCGGCUGUUCUUCCGUUCUGGAAUAUUUGUCGUGGGUCCUGAGUCAGCAGGAUCUCAUCCAGGACCUGCUUGCUACAAGAAGGGAGGUCCUCUGACCGUCACGGAUGCCAAUCUCAUUUUGGGACGCAUUCUGCCGCAGUAUUUCCCCAAGAUCUUUGGUCCUAAAGAGAAUGAACCUCUGGAUCAUGAGAUUGCCAGGAGUAAGUUUGUUGAGUUGCAGAAGGAGAUCAACGAGUAUUUGAAGUCUUCUGGAGACAAUCGAGUCCUGAGUAUUGAGGACGUUGCCCUUGGAUUUAUUCGAGUGGCCAACGAAACUAUGUGCCGUCCAAUUCGUGCCUUGACUCAAUCCCGAGGAUUGGAUACUGCCAACCAUGUGCUGUCCUGUUUUGGAGGAGCUGGUGGUCAGCACGCCUGCGCCAUUGCACGUAAUCUGGGUAUUCGUAAGGUUUUGGUUCACAAGUACGCCGGAAUAUUAUCCGCCUAUGGAAUGGCUCUGGCCGACGUUGUCCAGGAAGUCCAAGAGCCCAGUGGUCUGGAGUUCAACGAAGCAAAUGCUCUGCAGCUGAAGGAUCGGCUAGAUGCAUUGUCCCAGAAAUGUCACAAGAAGUUGGCUGAUCAGGGGUUCCGUCAUAUUGAGCUGGAGCCCUUCCUCCAUUUGCGUUACGAGGGAACUGAUGGUGCGCUAAUGGUGGCUCCUUCAGGUGGAAAGCAAACCUCUGCUUCAAAUCCCCUGUUGAAGAAUUAUGGAGAUUUUAAUGCCACUUUCUUGGAGCGAUAUCGCACUGAGUUUGGAUUCGUAUUGCAAAACCGGCGAAUAAUUGUAGAUGAUAUUCGCAUUCGAGGAUUGGGCAAGAAUGAGACACCACCAGAAUCUAAGGUUAUUAGUGCCUCUGAAGUGACUCCACCAGCCGAAUCCAAUUCAAAAUGUCGUCUAUACUUUGAUGAGGGUGCCUUCGAUGCUCCGAUUUACCUGACCAAGAACCUCCUGGCAGGACACAAGAUCCUGGGACCCGCUCUACUUAUCGAUCAACUAUCAACCAUUGUCGUGGAACCGGAGUGCAAUGUUCAUGUAACUGAGUUCGGUGACCUCGUCAUGGACGUAAAGACAGGUGGCAAACAUGGCAUUAAUGCCGACUUAGAUCCAGUCCAUCUGAGUAUCUUCAGCCAUCGAUUCAUGAGCAUCGCCGAGCAAAUGGGAAGGGUGCUUCAGCGCACUUCGAUUUCAACCAACAUCAAGGAGCGUCUGGACUUUUCGUGUGCUCUUUUUGGACCGGAUGGUGGGUUGGUGAGCAAUGCUCCUCAUAUUCCAGUGCACUUGGGUGCCAUGCAGGAAACUGUCCAGUAUCAGCUGAGGGUGCGAGGAGAAACCCUCAAGAAUGGCGAUGUCAUCCUGGCCAACCAUCCCUCCGCAGGAGGAUCCCAUCUUCCCGAUUUAACCGUCAUUACGCCAGUGUUCUAUGAGAGUCAUCCUCGCCCCGUUUUCUUUGUGGCUUCUCGAGGUCACCACGCGGAUAUCGGUGGAAUUACACCAGGAUCCAUGCCACCGCACUCCACCUCGUUGGCUCAAGAGGGUGCCGCCUUCAAGUCUUUUCUGAUCGUGGAGAAUGGCCUUUUCCAGGAGCAGCAGAUCAUCAAGCAGUUGACCACGCCAACAGCUGCCAAGGGAGCAGUGGGAACUCGCAAUCUAAGUGACAACCUAUCCGAUUUGAAGGCCCAGAUUGCCGCCAACCACAAGGGAAUCCAGCUGGUGGCGGAGCUGAUCGAUAGCUAUGGAUUGGACGUGGUGCAGGCUUACAUGUCGCACAUUCAGAAGAAUGCUGAACUGGCAGUUCGCGACAUGUUGCGUCAGAUUGGUCGGGAUACCUUGGAACGCACUGGAUCCACUGUGCUGGAGGCCAAGGAGUUCAUGGACGAUGGUUCUCCUAUUGCCCUUAAGGUGACUAUCGAUGCAGAGUUGGGAUCUGCUCUGUGUGACUUUACUGGAUCCGGAGUGGAAGUUUGGGGCAACUGCAAUGCUCCGCGGGCAAUCACUUUGUCCGCCUUGAUUUACUGCCUGCGUUGCAUGGUGGGUCACGAUGUGCCCCUCAACCAGGGCUGUCUUGCUCCAAUCCAGGUGAUCAUUCCCAAGAACUCCAUUCUGGAUCCUUCCGAAGGAGCUGCUGUGGUCGGUGGAAAUGUGCAGACAUCGCAGAGAAUUGUGGACACUGUGCUGAAGGCCUUUGGAGUUUGUGCCGCCUCGCAAGGAUGCAUGAACAAUAUUACGAUUGGAGACGAGACCUGGGGAUACUAUGAAACGGUGGCCGGAGGAGCAGGAGCCGGACCUGGUUGGCAUGGAGCUGGUGGAGUGCACACCCACAUGACCAACACUCGCAUCACCGAUCCGGAAAUCCUGGAGCUGCGCUAUCCCAUGAUCCUGAAGCGCUUCUGUCUGCGCACCGAUGGAUCCGGUGGAAGGGGUCAGUUCAACGGAGGAGAGGGAGUGGAGCGUGAUCUGCUUUUCCGUAAACCAGUUACUCUGUCCGUGCUAACUGAACGCAGAGCCCUUCAACCCUACGGACUUGCUGGCGGGAAACCGGCCAAAAGUGGACGCAAUUUGGUGGUCAAGCAUGAUGGUCGAGUGAUUGCCUUGGCUGGAAAGACCUGCAUUGAUGUGGAAGCUGGGGAUACCUUUGCAAUGAAAACUCCAGGCGGCGGUGGAUUUGGACCAGUUGAAGACUUUUCUAAAACCGGAGAAGGCUUGAACCAGGAAAACAGCAAGCGAUUUGUGGAGCGUGGCACUGUUUUUAACUACCUCCAGAAUCAGGAAUCUGCUUGAAGCUUUGAUUUUAAUUUUUCAAUGUGCCAUAUUACAUAAACUUUUUGAUCUAAAACCGGAAAGAAUUGAACCCGGAAGCCAGAAUUGGGAAUCUUUUAAAUUUUUUGAUUUUAUUUUUUCAAUGUGCCAUAUUAAAUAAAGUCUUUUUAUCUUUUUUGUUUAAACCAAGUAUAAUAACCAAUAAAAAACGAACAUUCCAAUUUCA